CGGCGCCCAGAUCCCAGAUCCAUUCCUUUGGGUCGAAUUCCAAUUCGUUGAUGCUGAGUUCCGGCUGGAAUAUAAGCCAGGGUGUCUCGUGAGAGACUCUGACCUUCCUGAGAAGGUUUGGUAAGUAUGCUAGAUUAGUUGCAAUGCCUGAAACCGCAAAGACCGAGUACGUCAUUAGGCUGUUCAAGGAAAACUGGGUCAGAGACUUUGGGCUUCCAAAGUCUAUUAUUAGUGACCGGGAUGUCAGAUUCACAAGCAAGUUGUGGAAGGCUGCAGCUGCAGAACAGGGUACACAGCUGCAGAUGACCUCCGGGAACCACCCAGAGGCAAACGGGCAAGUGGAGCAGCUGAAUUGUGCUGUACAACACCUGCUGAGACACUACAUCAAACCCAAUCAGGUGGACUGGGAUGAGAAACUUGCUCUCAUCGCCAGUCUGUACAACAAUGCGGUGCACAGCACAACAGGGGUGAGCCCUAACUGUCUGCUGCUAACUUGUAAACCUAGACUGCCCUUAGAUUUCUUACUACCUGACAACCAGCCUUCUGCUGCACCAGGCACCCUGGAGUUUCCAUAUCGAUAUGAGCGUCUGAUGCAGCAAGCUGUCAAACAGAUGCACAGGGCGCAGGCGGCGAUGAUAGAGUCUGAAAACAAGCACCGCUGCCCAUCUACUUUCCAGGUAGGGGACAGAGUCUGGGUCAAGUCCUCAGAACUGGGACAAGAGCACAGGAUAUCCCGUAAGCGCAUGCCACAGUACUUUGAACCCUGGGAGGUUCUAGAUAUCGUCGGGGAUGAUCCGGAUGGACCGUCACACGGUGGUCAGCUGACACCGAUUCACCUAAAAGUGGAGGAGAGUUACCAUAGGGCAGCUCCAGGGGGCACUGGAGGGGUGAAGACUAUCUCGAACUAUGCACCGGUUCUCUAUACUCAACUGGACGCAAAGAGACAAGGAUACUCUGAUGUCUUGUACCUUGAUGCUGUUCAAAAUAAGUAUGUGGAGGAAGUGUCAUCCUGCAACAUUUUUGUGGUUAAGGGGAGGCAGGUGUUGACUCCUGAGCUUGGUGGCACUAUUUUGCCUGGGAUAACAAGAAAGAGCAUACUGGAACUUGCUGCCAGUCUUGGCUAUGAGGUGUCAGAGUGUCCGGUGUCCGUUGAAGAUCUUCUGGCAGCUGAUGAAGUUUUCUGCACGGGGACGGCAGUUGUGCUCUCACCUGUCGGGAGUGUGACGUUCCGGGAUAAACGAUUUUCAUACAACGACGGUGAAGUGGGGAAGGUGGCAUCGGAGCUGUACAAAGCACUCACUGAUCUGCAGACAGGGAAGAGUGUAGAUACGAGGGGCUGGACCGUAGAACUGCCUCGUGCUCCUGGCCCAAAGUGACAUGUGAGACGCGCUUGAGGAAGUGUGUGCGGGGGGGGAUGGGGGGGGGGAAGAGGAGAAUGGUGGGAGGGAGGCAUAAGGGUUGGAAGGGGGACGGAAAUAUCGCUCCUUUUUUCUGUUGCACAGGUCGUAGUCGCUGGCAGGUCGCAAGCCACAGGCUCUGGUGAAGUUCGGGGCAGGGUGGGACCAGGUCUAGAGACGGACUGGACUUGGUUUCUGGAGCAGAUUUUCUGACCAGGUCCAGAGGAGGUCUCUGGCGCGCAUCAAGAGCAUGCUCAGCGAACUCGGAGCAGGUUCGGAGAAGGCUGGGAGCAGGUCUGGCGCUGUUUUUUUUUCGACCCUAUGAUUAGGAGAGCUGUCUGCUCUUAUCAGCACCACUAG